CCUUUGAAGAACCCACGUCUCCUUCCAUUCGGCUCAGGCUACGUUCUGUGCGAGUCAAGAAGGAGCUGGAGCGCAAUAUUUAGUUUUUUGUUUGUUUGUUUGUUUUUUAAUAUCUCCACUGGAAUCUGCUGCCUACAAAAAUGAAUGUGGGAGUGGCGCACAGUGAGGUAAACCCAAAUACCCGGGUCAUGAACAGUCGAGGGAUGUGGCUGACGUAUGCCCUCGGUGUUGGAAUGCUUCACAUUGUGCUCUUGAGCAUACCGUUCUUCAGUGUUCCUGUGGUGUGGACACUAACUAACGUCAUACACAACUUUGGGAUGUAUGUCUUUAUGCAUGCAGUGAAAGGAACACCCUUUGAGACACCUGACCAAGGAAAAGCCAGACUCCUCACACACUGGGAACAGCUCGACUACGGCGUGCAGUUCACUUCAUCUCGGAAGUUCUUCACUAUCUCUCCAAUCAUUCUAUACUUCCUGGCAAGCUUCUACACAAAGUACGACAUGACGCACUUUGUCAUAAACACAGCCUCGCUUCUCAGCGUUUUGAUCCCCAAGCUGCCACAGCUACACGGCGUGAGACUUUUCGGCAUCAACAAGUAUUAGGUUGUGAUGAAAUGCCAUUCCUCCUAAAUAGAGCAGAUAACCCCACAUCAUCUGUACUGCUGUGGUCUUACAGUUUGUAUAAACAUCAGUUGUUUCAAUAUAUGAGAUCUGAAAUGAACCCGGCGGGGAGAAAAGGUUUGGUUUGUGGAGGACAGGAUGCUAUAUGCAUUACUAACUUAUGUGAAUAUGUAAUGUUGUGAUUUUGGCCUGCAUGGACCUGGGCUGGCCCAGGCUUCAGUGGUGAUGCUUUGGGUUGAGGUUAUUUCUGUUAUUUUCAAGCUACAUGGUGAUAUAAAAUGUUUGGUGAGUGGUCGUGAAGUUGUAACCACAAAUUUCCAGAAUGUAUUUUUCAGCGAUGUUUGCUUCCCAAAUUAAUGAUGCUGAGUGAAGAAUGAAAUGACACCCCCCCCCUUUCUGAUAUUUGCAUGAUUUCUUCAGUAUGUGAACCAUUACUCAUUUAGUCGAUUUAUGGCAGACAUUUUCCUUGAGUUUUGUCCUGUGUGUAGAAAGGAAAUUGACAGAUGUACAGUAAGUCUUCACAUUAUAUUCAUGUAACUUUAGAUGAUCAUCUUUUGCUUUGAGCAAAGCAGCAAGUUCUGCUUUGUGUGGCUGUAGCUUAUAAAUACACUUUGUUUCUAAUCUUAUUAAAAA